CAACAACAAGGAGGCUAUUAUCCGUACGCAGUCCCAAAUCCUGGGUCUUUUUGUCAGAGCAUGCUAACCUCCGCUCAGACCUCCCCAGCCGAGCUACAACAACUACCCUCAGGCCCCUCCUCAACAGCCGCCGCCUCAAGGCUACCCAUACCAGCAGCCGCCACCGCAGCAACCCUACGGAUAUUCGGUACGCUCCUCGAUCACAAGUAUACGCCUGUUUGAGCCCAGUGGCUGAUCCAUGGUGUAGCAGCAGCAGCCGCAACAGCAGCAAUACGCCCAAUACCAACAGCAGCCGCCAGGACCCAAAUACAACACCAGACCUCGUAAGCCUAGCUCGAGCUGCCCAAUUCCAUGCUGCAUGAUGCUGACAUGUACUUCCCAGAGUCCGCGCAAGUACAGCCUGGGGCAUACGGUCGCCCUGGCGCGCCUCCCGCGCCGCCCACUCAGCCUCAGCAUUUUGGUCAAGGGGCCCCUCAGAACUAUGCCUUCCGAUACUCAAACUGCACCGGUCGCAGAAAGGCUUUGCUGAUUGGUAUCAACUACUUUGGCCAGCGAGGACAGCUGCGAGGCUGUAUCAACGAUGUCCGCAACAUGACUGCGUACCUCGUCGAGCAUUUCGGCUACCGAAGGGAAGACAUGGUCAUCCUCACAGAUGAUCAACAGAACCAGAUGAGCCAGCCGACCAAGCAAAACAUCCUGAGAGCCAUGCACUGGCUCGUCAAGAAUGCGCAAUCCAACGAUUCGCUAUUCUUCCAUUAUUCCGGCCACGGAGGGCAAACACGAGACCUGGAUGGCGAUGAACCAGACGGUUACGAUGAGGUCAUUUACCCUGUGGACUUCCGCCACAAUGGUCACAUUACCGACGAUGAAAUGCACAGGAUCAUGGUCCGACCCUUACAGCCGGGGGUCAGGUUGACAGCCAUCUUCGACUCGUGUCACUCUGGCACAGCCCUCGAUUUACCGUACAUCUACUCCACGCAAGGUGUCCUCAAGGAGCCCAACUUGGCCAAGGAAGCUGGCCAAGGACUCUUGGGCGUCCUGUCAUCUUACAGUCAAGGUGACCUGAGCGGGGUCGCCAGUAACAUCAUGGGAUUCAUCAAGAAGGCCACCAGCGGCGAGGAAGCGCACACGAGAGCACUCGCUACGAAAACAUCGCCGGCCGAUGUGGUCAUGCUGUCGGGCAGCAAAGACGACCAGACAUCUGCCGACGCUACCAUUGCUUCCCAGGCCACCGGGGCCAUGUCAUGGGCUUUCGUCACUGCUCUCCGCAAGAAUCCCCAGCAAAGCUACGUUCAGCUCCUCAACAGCAUUCGUGAUGAGUUGGCGACAAAAUACACCCAGAAGCCCCAACUCUCCUGCAGCCACCCUCUUGAUACCAACCUGCUGUUUGUAAUGUGAUUUGGCGUUUGUAAUUCACCCUGUGGUACAUAAAGAGUCCGCAUAUGCGCUCCCGGCGAUGGAUGGACAGACCGAGAACUGGGUAGGCACUUUGUGAGCUGUCUCAAUUCAAAGUGACAGGAGUAUUGGAGAA